AUGCAGGAUCUGGAAAGGAAAAUAGCUAAUAUUAAUCCUACAAUACAAUCCGAACAUCAGGAAGAGAUAAUUGAAGAAGCCAUGGACCGUAUUAAUCGAUCGCACAGUAUCAUUUUUUAUAACGUACCAGAAACUAAUUCUGCUAUGGAAGAUAAUAAUAAAGUAAAUGAUAUUCUAACUACGAUACAAGGUGGUAAUGCAAAUCCGAUUUCUGCAAGACAUGUACACAGAAUUGAUUCUCUGGCACAAUGUACCGAAGGAGAUAUAACUAUACCUUAUCCAGGAGAUUGUACCAAGUUUUAUAUGUGUCCCGGAAACUUUUUAAUGACAUGCGCACCUGGAACUGAAUUUGACGCAAACCUGUUCGUAUGUAAUUAUCCUUCAGCUGCAAAUUGUAAAACCAAUAAAAGACCAGAACCAACUGAAACCAAACUGCCAGCCCCACAUGUGACAACGUCUGGUCCACCUGUGAAACCUCAAAGUCCACCUGUUGAACCUACGGGUACUCAUACUAAACCACCCGGUCAAUCUGUUGGACCAACUGGUACACCUGUGAAAUCACCUAGUCCACCUGUGAAACCUCCAGUUUCACCUAUUGCAACUACGAGUCCUCAUACUAAACCAGCCGAUCACACUGUUGUAACACCUGCUCCACCUGUGAAGCCACCUGGACCAACUGUGAAACCUCAAAGUCCACCUGUUGAACCUACGGGUACUCAUACUAAACCACCCGGUCAAUCUGUUGGACCAACUGGUACACCUGUGAAAUCACCUAGUCCACCUGUGAAACCUCCAGGUUCACCUAUUGCAACUACGAGUUCUCAUACUAAACCAGCCGAUCACACUGUUGUAACACCUGCUCCACCUGUGAAGCCACCCGGACCAACUGUGAAACCUCAAAGUCCACCUGUUGAACCUACGGGUACUCAUACUAAACCACCCGGUCAAUCUGUUGGACCAACUGGUACACCUGUGAAAUCACCUAGUCCACCUGUGAAACCUCCAGGUUCACCUAUUGCAACUACGAGUUCUCAUACUAAACCAGCCGAUCACACUGUUGUAACACCUGCUCCACCUGUGAAGCCACCCGGACCAACUGUGAAACCUCAAAGUCCACCUGUUGAACCUACGGGUACUCAUACUACACCACCCGGUCAAUCUGUUGGACCAACUGGUACACCUGUGAAAUCACCUAGUCCACCUGUGAACCCUCCAGUUUCACCUAUUGCAACUACGAGUCCUCAUACUAAACCAGCCGAUCACACUGUUGUAACACCUGCUCCACCUGUGAAGCCACCUGGACCAACUGUGAAACCUCAAAGUCCACCUGUUGAACCUACGGGUACUCAUACUAAACCACCCGGUCAAUCUGUUGGACCAACUGGUACACCUGUGAAAUCACCUAGUCCACCUGUGAAACCUCCAGGUUCACCUAUUGCAACUACGAGUUCUCAUACUAAACCAGCCGAUCACACUGUUGUAACACCUGCUCCACCUGUGAAGCCACCUGGACCAACUGUGAAACCUCAAAGUCCACCUGUUGAACCUACGGGUACUCAUACUAAACCACCCGGUCAAUCUGUUGGACCAACUGGUACACCUAUAAAAUCACCUAGUCCACCUGUAAAACCUCCAGGUUCACCUAUUGCAACUACGAGUUAUCAUACUAAACCAGCCGAUAACACUGUUGUAACACCUGCUCCACCUGUGAAGCCACCUGGACCAACUGUGAAACCUCAAAGUCCACCUGUUGAACCUACGGGUACUCAUACUAAACCACCCGGUCAAUCUGUUGGACCAACUGGUACACCUGUAAAAUCACCUAGUCCACCUGUGAAACCUCCAGUUUCACCUAUUGCAACUACGAGUCCUCAUACUAAACCAGCCGAUCACACUGUUGUAACACCUGCUCCACCUGUGAAGCCACCUGGACCAACUGUGAAACCUCAAAGUCCACCUGUUGAACCUACGGAUACUCAUACUAAACCACCCGGUCAAUCUGUUGGACCAACUGGUACACCUGUAAAAUCACCUAGUCCACCUGUGGAACCUCCAGGUUCACAUAUUGCAACUACGAGUUCUCAUACUAAACCAGCCGAUCACACUGUUGUAACACCUGCUCCACCUGUGAAGCCACCUGGACCAACUGUGAAACCUAAAAGUCCACCUGUUGAACCUACGGAUACUCAUACUAAACCACCCGGUCAAUCUGUUGGACCAACUCGUACACCUGUGAAACCACCUAGUCCACCUGUGAAACCUCCAGGUUCACCUAUUGCAACUACGAGUCCUCAUACUAAACCAGCCGAUCACACUGUUGUAACACCUGCUCCACCUGUGAAGCCACCUGGACCAAUAGCGAAACCUCAAAGUCCACCUGUUGAACCUACGGGUACUCAUACUAAACCACCCAGUCAAUCUGUUGGACCAACUGGUACACCUGUGAAAUCACCUAGUCCACCUGUGAAACCUCCAGUUUCACCUAUUGCAACUACGAGUUCUCAUACUAAACCAGCCGAUCACACUGUUGUAACACCUGCUCCACCUGUGAAGCCACCUGGACCAACUGUGAAACCUCAAAGUCCACCUGUUGAACCUACGGAUACUCAUACUAAACCACCCGGUCAAUCUGUUGGACCAACUGGUACACCUGUGAAAUCACCUAGUCCACCUGUGAAACCUCCAGGUUCACCUAUUGCAACUACGAGUUCUCAUACUAAACCAGCCGAUCACACUGUUGUAACACCUACUCCACCUGUGAAGCCACCUGGACCAACUGUGAAACCUCAAAGUCCACCUGUUGAACCUACGGAUACUCAUACUAAACCACCCGGUCAAUCUGUUUUACCAACUGGUACACCUGUGAAAUCACCUAGUCCACCUGUGAAACAUCCAGGUUCACCUAUUGCAACUACGAGUCCUCAUAUUAAACCAGCCGAUCACACUGUUUUAACACCUGCUCCACCUGUGAAGCCACCUGGACCAACUGUGAAACCUUCAGGUCCAUCUGUUGUACCUACGAGUUCUCAUACUAAAUCACCCGGUCAACCUGUUGGACUUCCUGGUCCACCUGUAAAACCAACUGGACCACCUAUGAAACCUACGAGUCCACCAAUUCAACCUACGGCUCCUCAGACUAAACCACUCGGUAAACUUGUUGGUCCGCCUGGUCCAACUGUAAAACCAACCACUCUACCAGUGAAACAUCCAGGUCCACAUGUGGAACCUACAGGUCACAAUACUAAAACAUCUGGUGUACCUGUUGGACCUCCUGCUCCACCUGCCACAACUCCAGGUCCAUCUGUUAAACCUACGGGUUCUCAUACCAAACCGCCAGGUCAACCUGUUGGACUGCCUGGUCCACCUGUGACACCUCGAGGUCCAACCAUUAGACCUACGAGUCCUCAUACUAAGCCAUCCGGUCCACCUGUUGGACCUUCCAGUCUACCUGUGAAACCACCUGAACAACCUGUGAAACCUCCAGCUUCAAUUGUUCAACCUACGGCUCCUCAUACUAAACCGCCAGGUGAACCUGUUGGCCCUCCUGGUCCACCUGUGACACCCCCUGGACCACCUAUGGAACCUACUGGUCUACCUAUUCAACCUACGGCUCCUCAUACUAAACCACUAGGUGAAUCUGUUAAACCGCAUGUGACACCCCCUGGACUACCUAUGAAACCUACUGAUCUACCUAUUACACCUACGGCUCCUCAGACUAAACCACCCGGUGAACCUGUUGAUCAGCCUGGUCCACCUGUAAAACCAACCGCUCCACCUGUGAAACCUUCAUACCAUACUAAACCAUCUCGACCUCCUGCUCCACCUGCCACAACUCCAGGUCCACCUCUUGAACAUACGGGUUCUCAUACCAAACCGCCAAGUCAACCUGUUGGACUGACUAGUCCACCUGUGAAAUAUCCAGGUCCAACCAUUAGACCUACGAGUCCUCAUACUAAGCCAUCCGGUCCAUCUGUUGGACCUUCCAGUCUACCUGUGAAACCACCUGAACAACCUGUGAAACCUCCAGAUUCAUUUGUUCAACCUACGGCUCCUCAUACUAAACCGCCAGGUGAACCUGUUGGCCCUCCUGGUCCACCUGUGACACCCCCUGGACUACCUAUGAAACCUACUGGUCUACCUAUUAAACCUACGGCUCCUCAGACUAAACCACCCGGUGAACCUGUUGAUCAGCCUAAUCCACCUGUAAAACCAACCGCUCCACCUGUGAAACCUUCAUACCAUACUAAACCAUCUGGACCUCCUGCUCCACCUGCCACAAAUCCAGGUCCACCUGUUGAACCUACCGGUUCUCAUACCAAACCGCCAGGUCAACCUGUUGGACUGCCUGGUCCACCUGUGACACCUCCAGGUCCAACCAUUAGACCUACGAGUCCUCAUACUAAGCCAUCAGGUCCAACUGUUGGACCUCCUGGUCUACCUGUGAAACCACCUGAACAAUCUGUGAAAAAUACAGAUUCACCUGUUCAACCUACGGCUCCUCAUACUAAACCACCAGGUGAAUCUGUUAAACCUCAUGGUCCACCUGUGACACUCCCUGGACCACCUAUGGAACCUACUGGUCUACCUGUUCAACCUACGACUCCUCAGACUAAACCAACCGGUGAACCUGUUGGUCCGCCUGGUCUACCUGUAAAACCAACCGCUCCACCUGUGAAACCUCCAGGUCCACCUGUGAAACCUACAGGUCACCCUACUGAACCAUCUGAUGUAUCUGUUGAACCUCCUGUUCCACCUGCCACAACUCCAGGUCCGACUGUUAAACCUACGGGUUCUCAUACCAAAUCGCCAGGUAAACCUGUUGGACUGCCUGGUCCACCUGUGACACCUCCAGGUCCAACCAUUAGACCUACGAGUCCUCAUACUGAGCCAUCAGGUCCACCUGUUGGACACCCUAGUCCACCCGUGAAACCACCUGAAGAACCUGUAAAACCUCCAGCUUCACCUGUUCAACCUACGGGUCCUCAGACUAAACCAUUUAGUGAACCUGUUGGUCCACCUGGUCUACCUGUAAAACCAACCGCUCCACCUGUCAAACUUCCAGGUCCACUUGUGGAACCUACAGGUCACUCUACUAAACCAUCUGAUGUACCUGUUGGACCUCCUGCUCCACCUGCCACAACUCCAGGUCCACCUGUUGAACCUGCAGGUUCUCAUACCAAACCGCCAGGUCAACCCGUUGGACUGCCUGGUCCACCUGUGACACCUCCAGGUCCAACCAUUAGACCUACGAGUCCUCAUACUAAGCCAUCAGGUCCAACUGUUGGACCUCCUGGUCUACCUGUGAAACCACCUGAACAACCUGUGAAAAAUCCAGAUUCACCUGUUCAACCUACGGCUCCUCAUACUAAACCAUCAGAUGAAUCUGUUGGACCUCAUGGUCCACCUGUAACACCCCCUGAACCACCGAUGACACCUACUGGUCUACCUAUUCAACCUACGGCUACGCAGAAUAAACCACCCGGAGAACCUGUUGGUCCGCCUGGUCUACCUGUAAAACCAACCGCUCUACCAGUGAAACCUCCAGGUCCACCUGUGAAACCUACAAGUCACCAUACUAAUCCAUCUGCUGUACCUGUUGGACCUCAUGCUCCACCUGCCACAAUUCCAGCUUCACCUGUUCAACCUACGGCUCCUCAUACUAAACCACCAGGUGAACCAGUUGGCCCUCCUGGUCCACCUGUGACACCCCCUAGACUACCUAUGAAACCUACUGGUCUACCUAUUACACCUACGGCUCCUCAGACUAAACCACCCGGUGAACCUGUUGAUCAGCCUAGUCCACCUGUAAAACUAACCGCUACACCUGUGAAACCUUCAUACCAUACUAAACCAUCUGGACCUCCUGCUCCACCUGCCACAACUCCAGGUCCACCUCUUGAACAUACGGGUUCUCAUACUAAACCGCCAAGUCAACCUGUUGGACUGACUAGUCCACCUGUGAAAUAUCCAGGUCCAACCAUUAGACCAACGAGUCCUCAAACUAAGCCAUCCGGUCCACCUGUUGGACCUUCCAGUCUACCUGUGAAACCACCUGAACAACCUGUGAAACCUCCAGAUUCACCUGUUCAACCUACGGCUCCUCAUACUAAACCACCAGGUGAAUCUGUUAAACCGCAUGUGACACCCCCUGGACCACCUAUGAAACCUACUGGUCUACCUAUUCAACCUACGGCUCCGCAGACUAAACCACACGGAGAACCUGUUGGUCCGCCUGGUCUACCUGUAAAACCAACCGCUCUACCAGUGAAACAUCCAGGUCCACCUGUGGAACCUACAGGUCACCAUACUAAACCAUUUGAUGUACCUGUUGGACCUCAUGCUCCACCUGCCACAAUUCCAGCUUCACCUGUUCAACCUACGGCUCCUCAUACUAAACCACCAGGUGAACCAGUUAUCCCUCCUGGUCCACCUGUGACACACCCUGGACCACCUAUGAAACCUACUGGUCUACCUAUUCAACCUACGGCUCAUCAGACUAAACCAACCGGUGAACCUGUUGGUCCGCCUGGUCUACCUGUAAAACCAACCGCUCCACCUGUGAAACCUCCAGGUCCACCUGUGGAACCUACAGGUCACUCUACUAAACCAUCUGAUGUACCUGUUAGACCUCCUGCUCCACCUGCCACAACUCAAGGUCCGACUGUUAAACCUACGGGUUCUCAUACCAAACCGCCAGGUCAACCUGUUGGACUGCCUGGUCCACCUGUGAAACCUCCAGGUCUAACUAUUAGACCUACAAGUCCUCAUACUAAGCCAUCAGGUCCACCGGUUGGACCCCCUGGUCCACCUGUGAAACCACCUGAACAACCUGUGAAACCUCCAGCUUCAAUUGUUCAACCUACGGCUACUCAUACUAAACCGCCAGGUGAACCUGUUGGCCCUCCUGGUCCACCUGUGACACCCCCUGGACUACCUAUGAAGCCUACUGGUCUACCUAUUACACCUACGGCUCCUCAGACUAAACCACCCGGUGAACUUGUUGAUCAGCCUAAUCCACCUGUAAAACCAACCGCUCCACAUGUGAAACCUUCAUACCAUACUAAACCAUCUGGACCUCCUGCUCCACCUGCCACAAAUCCAGGUCUACCUGUUGAACCUACGGGUUCUCAUACCAAACCGCCAGGUCAACCUGUUGGACUGCCUGGUCCACCUGUGACACCUCCAGGUCCAACCAUUAGACCUACGAGUCCUCAUACUAAGCCAUCAGGUCCAACUGUUGGACCUCCUGGUCUACCUGUGAAACCACCUGAACAACCUGUGAAAAAUCCAGAUUCACCUGUUCAACCUACGGCUCCUCAUACUAAACCACCAGGUGAACCUGUUGGCCCUCCUGGUCCACCUGUGACACCCCCUGGACCACCUAUGGAACUUACUGGUCUACCUAUUCAACCUACGGCUCCUCAGACUGAACCACCUGGUGAACCUGUUGGUCCUCCUGGUCUACCUGUAAAACCAACCGCUCCACCUGUGAAACCUCCAGGUCCACCUGUGGAACCUACAGGUCACCCUACUAAACCAUCUGAUGUACCUGUUGAACCUCCUGUUCCACCUGCCACAACUCCAGGUCCGACUGUUAAACCGACGGGUUCUCAUACCAAACCGCCAGGUCAACCUGUUGGACUGCCUGGUCCACCUGUGAAACCUCCAGGUCUAACUAUUAGACCUACAAGUCCUCAUACUAAGCCAUCAGGUCCACCGGUUGGACCUCCUGGCCAACCUGUGAAACCAGCUCAACAACCUGUGAAACCUCCAGCUUCACAUGUUCAACCUACGGCUCCUCAUACUAAACCAUCAGGUGAAUCUGUUGGACCUCAUGGUCCACCUGUAACACCCGUUGAAACAACUAUGAAACCUACUGGUCUACCUAUUCAACCUACGGCUCCGCAGACUAAACCACCCGGAGAACCUGUUGGUCCGCCUAGUCUACCUGUAAAACCAACCGCUCUACCAGUGAAACCUCCAGGUCCACCUGUGAAACCUACAAGUCACCAUACUAAUCCAUCUGCUCUACCUGUUGGACCUCAUGCUCCACCUGCCACAAUUCCAGCUUCACCUGUUCAACCUACGGCUCCUCAUACUAAACCACAAGGUGUACCAUUUGGCCCUUUUGGUCCACCUGUGACACCCCCUGGACUACCUAUGAAACCUACUGGUCUACCUAUUACACCUACGGCUCCUCAGACUAAACCACCCGGUGAACCUGUUGAUCAGCCUGGUCCACCUGUAAAACCAACCGCUCCACCUGUGAAACCUUCAUACCAUGCUAAACCAUCUGGACCUCCUGCUCUACCUGCCACAACUCCAGGUCCGCCUCUUGAACAUACGGGUUCUCUUACCAAACCGCCAAGUCAACCUGUUGGACUGACUAGUCCACCUGUGAAAUAUCCAGGUCCAACCAUUAGACCUACGAGUCCUCAUACUAAGCCAUCCGGUCCACCUGUUGGACCUUCCAGUCUACCUGUGAAACCACCUGAACAACCUGUGAAACCUCCAGAUUCACAUGUUCAACCUACGGCUCCUCAUACUAAACCGCCAGGUGAACCUGUUGGCCCUCCUGGUCCACCUGUGACACCCCCUGGACUACCUAUGAAACCUACUGGUCUACCUAUUACACCUACGGCUCCUCAGACUAAACCACCCGGUGAACCUGUUGAUCAGCCUAAUCCACCUGUAAAACCAACCGCUCCACCUGUGAAACCUUCAUACCAUACUAAACCAUCUGGACCUCCUGCUCCACCUGCCACAAAUCCAGGUCCACCUGUUGAACCUACGGGUUCUCAUACCAAACCGCCAGGUCAACCUGUUGGACUGUCUGGUCCACCUGUGACACCUCCAGGUCCAACCAUUAGACCUACGAGUCCUCAUACUAAGCCAUCAGGUCCAACUGUGGGACCUCCUGGUCUACCUGUGAAACCACCUGAACAACCUGUGAAAAAUCCAGAUUCACCUGUUCAACCUACGGCUCCUCAUACUAAACCACCAGGUGAACCAUUUGGCCCUCCUGGUCCACCUGUGACACCCCCUGGACUACCUAUGAAACCUACUGGUCUACCUAUUACACCUACGGCUCCUCAGACUAAACCACCCGGUGAACCUGUUGAUCAGCCUGGUCUACCUGUAAAACCAACCGCUCCACCUGUGAAACCUUCAUACCGUACUAAACCAUCUGGACCUCCUGCUCCACCUGCCACAACUCCAGGUCCACCUCUUGAACAUACGGGUUCUCUUACCAAACCGCCAAGUCAACCUGUUGGACUGACUAGUCCACCUGUGAAAUAUCCAGGUCCAACCAUUAGACCUACGAGUCCUCAUACUAAGCCAUCCGGUCCACCUGUUGGACCUUCCAGUCUACCUGUGAAACCACCUGAACAACCUGUGAAACCUCCAGAUUCACCUGUUCAACCUACGGCUCCUCAUACUAAACCACCAGGUGAAUCUGUUAAACCUCAUGGUCCACCUGUGACACCCCCUGGACCACCUUUGAAACCUACUGGUCUACCUGUUCAACCUACGGCUCCGCAGACUAAACCACCCGGAGAACCUGUUGGUCCGCCUGGUCUACCUGUAAAACCAACCGCUCUACCAGUGAAACCUCCAGGUCCACGUGUGGAACCUACAGGUCACCAUACUAAACCAUCUGCUGUACCUGUUGGACCUCAUGCUCCACCUGCCACAAUUCCAGCUUCACCUGUUCAACCUACGGCUCUUCAUACUAAACCACCAGGUGAACCAGUUGGCCCUCCUGGUCCACCUGUGACACACCCUGGACCACCUAUGAAACCUACUGGUCUACCUAUUCACCAUACGGCUCCUCAGACUAAACCAACCGGUGAACCUGUUGGUCCGCCUGGUCUACCUGUAAAACCAACCGCUCCACCCGUGAAACUUCCAGGUCCACUUGUGGAACCUACAGGUCACUCUACUAAACCAUCUGAUGUACCUGUUGGACCUCCUGCUCCACCUGCCACAACUCCAGGUCCACCUGUUGAACCUACAGGUUCUCAUACCAAACCGCCAGGUCAACCCGUUGGACUGCCUGGUCCACCUGUGACACCUCCAGGUCCAACCAUUACACCUACGAGUCCUCAUACUGAGCCAUCAGGUCCACCUGUGGGACCCCCUGGUCCACCUGUGAAACCACCUGAACAACCUGUGAAACCUCCAGCUUCACCUGUUCAACCUACGGCUCCUCAUACUAAACCGCCAGGUGAACCUGUUGGCCCUCCUGGUCCACCUGUGACACCCCCUGGACUACCUAUGAAACCUACUGGUCUACCUAUUACACCUACGGCUCCUCAGACUAAACCACCCGGUGAACCUGUUGGUCCGCCUGGUCUACCUGUAAAACCAACCGCUCCACCUGUGAAACCUCCACUUCCACCUGUGGAACCUACAGGUCACCCUACUAAACUUUCUGAUGUUCCUGUUGAACCUCCUGCUCCACCUGCCACAACUCCAGGUCCACCUGUUGAACUUACAGGUUGUCAUACCAAACCGCCAAGUCAACCUGUUGGACUGCCUGGUCCACCUGUAAAACCUCCAGGUCCAACCAUUAGACCUACGAGUCCUCUUACUAAGCCAUCAGGUCCACCUGUUGGACCUCCUGAUCCACCUGUGAAACCACCUGAACAACCUGUGAAAUCUACAGCUUCACCUGUUCAACUUACGGCUCCUCAUACUAAACCACCAGGUGAACCUGUUGGCCCUCCUGGUCCACCUGUGACACCCCCUGGACUACCUAUGAACCCUACUGGUCUACUUAUUCCACCUACGGCUCCUCAGUCUAGACCACCCGGUAAACCUGUUGAUCAGCCUGGUCUACCUUUAAAACCUACCGCUUCACCUGUGCAACCCUCAUACCAUACUAAACCAUCUGGACCUCCUGCUCCACCUGCCACAACUUCAGGUCCACCUUUUGAACCUACGGGUUCUCAUACCAAACCGCCAAGUCAACCUGUUGGACUUCCUGGUCCACCUGUGAAACCUCCAGGUCCAACCAUUAGACCUACGAGUCCUUUUACCAAGCCAUCAGGUCCACCUGUUGGACCUCCUAGUCCACCUGUGAAACCACCUGAACAACAUGUGAAACCUCCAGCUUCACCUGUUCAACCUACAGCUCCUCAUACUAUCCCACCAGGUGAACCUGUUGGCCCUCCUGGUCCACCUGUGACACCACCUGGACCACCUAUGAAAUCUACUGGUCUACCUAUUCAACCUACGGCUCCUCACACUAAACCCCCCGGUGAACCUGUUGGUCCGCCUAGUCUCCCUGUAAAACCAACCGCUCCACCUGUGAAACCUCCAGGUCCACCUGUGGAACCUACAGAUCACCCUACUAAACCAUCUGAUGUACCUGUUGAACCUCCUGCUCCACCUGCCACAAUUCCAGGUCCAACUGUUAAACCUACUCAUACCAAAGCGCCAGGUCAACCUGUUGGACUGCCUGGUCCACCUGUGACACCUCCAGGUCCCACCAUUAGACCUACGAGUCCUCAUACUAAGCCAUCAGGUCCACCUGUUGGACCUCCUGGUCUACCAGUGAAACCACCUGAACAACCCGUGAAACCUCCAGCUUCGCAUGUUCAACCUACGGCUCCUCAUACUAAGCCAUUAGGUGAAUCUGUUGGACCUCAUGGUCCACCUGUAACAUCCCCUGGACCACCUAUUAAACCUACUCGUCUACCUAUUCAACCUACGGCUCCUCAGACUAAACCAUUUGGUGAACCUGUUGGUCCGCCUGGUCUACCUGUAAAACCAACCGAUUCACCUGUGAAACCUCCAGAUCCACCUGUGGACCCUACAGGUCACUCUACCAAACCAUCUGAUGUACCUGUUGGACCUCCUGCUUCACCUGCCACAACUCCAGGUCCAACUGUUAAACCUACGGCUCCUCAUACUAAACCACCAGGUGAAUCUGUUGGGCCUCAUGGUCCACCUGUGACACCUCCUGGACCACCUAUGAAACCUGCUGGUCUACCUAUUCAACCUACGGCUCCUCAGACUAAACCACCCGGUGAACCUGUUGGUCCGCCUGGUCUACCUGUAAAACCAACCGCUCUACCAGUGAAACCUCCAGGUCCACCUGUGGAACCUACAGGUCACCAUACUAAACCAUCUGCUGUACCUGUUAGACCUCCUGCUCCACCUGCCUCAACUCCAGGUCCACCUGUUGAACCUACGGGUUCCCAUACCAAACCGCCAAGUCAACCUGUUGGACUGCCUGGUCCACCUGUGAAACCUCCAGGUCCACCUGUGGAACCUACAGGUCAUUCUACUAAACCAUCGGAUGUACCUGUUGGACCUCCUGCUCCACCUGCCACAACUUCAGGUCCACCUGUUGAACCUACGGGUUUUCAUACCAAACCGCCGAGUCAACCUGUUGGACUGCCUGGUCCACCUGUGAAACCUCCAGGUCCAACCAUUAGACCUACGAGUCCUCAUACUAAGCCAUCUGGUCCACCUGUUGGACCUCCUGGUCCACCUGUGAAACCACCUGAACAACCUCCACUACAUCCACUUCACAUUUUGACUUUGCACAAAGUUGAAGUCAUUGAUAAAUAUUACGAUGUGGUAAAUCAAACUAAACUGAUAACUACUCCCCGUCUAGUAAUAUAG